AGAACUUUUUGCUGCCAACUAUUGGCAGUAUCAUUUCAGACAAUCUAGGAAGCAGUUAAAACGUUCUUAAACUAAUUUUAAAUAAAAAAUAAAAGAAAAAAAUGAAGUCUUUCUUAAUCUUUGUUCUUUGCGUAGCUGUUACUUUGGCUAGACCCCAACGUUUUCCCGUUCAACAAUUUCCCAAUCAACGUUUUCCCGUUCAACAGUUCCCCAAUCAAGGCUUUAUUGGUGGUGGCAACAAUGUCUUCUUUCCCGGCAAUUCUAAUAACAACUUAAAUAAUAAUAAUAAUAAUAAUAAUGGUAAUAGUGUAACAACACCCGCUCCAGCUGGCACUCCAACAACAGCAUCACCACAAUUUUUGGCCUGUAUGCAGUCAUGCCCCUCAACAAUGGAAUAUAAUCCUGUUUGUGGUAGUGAUAUGGAAAAUUAUCAUAAUAAUGGACGUUUGGGUUGUGCACAAAGAUGUGGUAAAAAUGUAGCUGCCUUGCGUAUGGGUACCUGCAAUCCAUUGUAAAUGUUUAUUAUAAGAAACUUUUUUUUUAAAAAUGUACUGACUUUAAAAUGCAAUUGUUAAUUACAUCACUAUUUAUUAAGAAUUAAGGCUAAUCACAGUUUGUCAAAAUGUUUUUCUUGUUUUGUGUUAUUUCAAAAUACAUUAUUUUAAAAUUUUUCAUACAUUUUUAAUGUUUAUUUAAAGCAUGUACUUAAGUAAUCUUGUUUUUUAGUGAUAAGAUUGUUCUGAAUAAAUUUCCCCACAUUAUUUAAAACAAACAGGUUA